CCAAGCUCUCCCCGAAACGGCCGGACAGUCGUUGCGUCGUUGAAGCAGCCUCCUCAACGAGCCGUCAGACGAUCGAAGCGAGAGGUUCCGUCGCCGUCCGGGACCUCGAAAUAUCGUUAAAAUAAGGAGUCUUGAAGGAAGUCUUGGAUUUGCAUGAAUAGCCGUCUCAUGCAAGUUUCAAGCUUUGCCCUCAAGAAAUUAGAAUACGCUUGAGCAGCUGUUUUUAGAUUGCAUAGAGAAUCAUAGAGCUAAAGCCGUCAGAUAAGCUAACAUAACUCAAGAUGGAGGGAAACAUUGUUGUGAAGGAAGUGCGGAUCCUGGAGACUGCUGAUGACAUCCAGGAUCGACGAGAGCAAGUGCUCUCUCGGUACUCUCAGUUCCGUUCGGAUGCUCGCCUGAAGAGGGAAAAGCUUGAGGAUUCUCGCAAGUUCCAGUACUUCAAACGUGAUGCUGAUGAACUGGAAUCAUGGAUCCACGAGAAACUCCAGGCUGCUUCUGACGAGAGCUACAAGGAUCCCACCAACCUUCAGGCUAAGAUCCAGAAGCACCAGGCCUUUGAGGCUGAGGUGGCUGCCCACUCCAAUGCCAUUGUGGUCUUGGACAACACUGGCUCAGAGAUGAUCAGUCACCAGCACUUUGCCUCGGAUGUCAUUAGGCAGAAGCUUGAUGAGUUACACCGUCUGUGGGAGCUUCUCCUGAGGCGUCUAGCCGACAAGGGCAUGAGGCUCCAACAGGCCCUGGUACUGGUGCAAUUCCAGCGGCAAUGUGACGAAGUCAUGUACUGGAUCAAUGAUAAGGAGACGUUUGUAACUUCGGAGGAAUUUGGCAUUGACUUGGAGCAUGUGGAAGUUCUCCAGCGCAAGUUUGAUGAGUUCCAGAAAGACAUGGCUGCCCAGGAAUACAGGGUCACUGAGGUUAACACCUUGGCCGAAAAGCUGAUUACUGAAGGCCACCCCGAAGUGGAUGUCAUCAACAAGAGGAAGAAGGACCUGAACGAGGCCUGGCAGCGACUGCGUCAGUUUGCUCUCACCCGACAGGAGAAAUUGUUUGGUGCCCAUGAAAUUCAGAGAUUUAACAGGGAUGCAGAUGAAACCAUUGCUUGGGUAGCUGAAAAGGAUGUAGUUUUGUCCUCUGAUGACUAUGGCCGUGACCUAGCCUCUGUCCAGACCCUCCAGCGCAAGCACGAAGGUUUAGAGCGUGACCUUGCUGCUCUGGAGGACAAGGUGUCCACCCUAGGGGAAGAGGCCACUCGUCUCUGUGGCAUCCAUACUGACCACGCUGAGCAGAUCAAGGCUAAACUAGCAGAGAUUGAGCAUUCUUGGUCUACUUUGACUGCCAAGGCCCAGGAACGACGCAGGCGCCUGGAUGAUUCCUACUAUCUGCAUAGGUUCCUUUCCGACUUCCGUGAUCUCAUCUCGUGGAUCAAUGACAUGCGGGCAAUCAUCUCUGCAGAUGAGCUGGCCAAGGAUGUUGCUGGAGCUGAAGCUCUUCUUGAACGCCACCAAGAGCACAAGGGUGAAAUUGAUGCCCGUGAAGACAGCUUCAAGAGCACUCAUGCUGCCGGUGAGAUGCUGGUAGAAAAGGACCAUCAUGCUGCAACUGAGGUGAAAGAGAAGCUGGGCACCUUGACACAAGAAAAGGCUGCUCUCCUUGCCUUGUGGGAGGAGCGACGCAUCCUGUAUGAGCAGUGCAUGGACCUGCAACUCUUCUACAGGGACACUGAACAGGCUGACACCUGGAUGGCCAAGCAAGAAGCUUUCCUGGAGAAUGAGGACUUGGGAGAUUCCAUUGAUUCUGUUGAAGCUCUGAUCAAGAAGCAUGAGGACUUUGAGAAGUCUCUUGCUGCUCAGGAGGAGAAGAUUAAGGCUCUGGAUGAAUUUGCAACCAAGCUCAUUGAGGGCCAGCACUAUGCAGCUGAUGAUGUUGCCCAGAGGCGUGAACUGCUGCUUGAGCGGCGCACUGCUUUGCUGGAGAUGUCUGCACGCCGCCGAGCCAUGCUAGAGGAUUCUUACCGGCUGCAGCAGUUUGAGAGAGACUGUGAUGAGACCAAGGGAUGGAUCAAUGAGAAGCUUAAAUUUGCUACAGAUGACAGCUAUUUGGAUCCAACCAACUUGAAUGGAAAAGUGCAGAAACACCAAAACUUUGACCAGGAACUGAGUGCCAACAAGUCUCGUAUUGAGGAAAUCAUAUCAACUGGCAAAGAACUCCUGGAAAGCAAGCACUAUGCCAGUGAAAGGAUUGGUAGUCGUAUGGAGGAAAUAGUUCAGCUCUGGACCUCCCUUGAGGAAGCUACACGCAGCAAGGGCUCAAAGCUUGAGGAGGCUUCUCAACAGCAGCAGUUCAACCGAGGAGUGGAGGAUAUUGAGCUCUGGCUUUCAGAGAUUGAGGGCCAGCUUAUGAGUGAAGAUUAUGGAAAAGACCUGACUGGAGUGCAAAAUCUUCUGAAGAAGCAUGCCCUUCUGGAAGCAGAUGUCAGCUCCCACCAAGACAGGAUUGAUGGGGUGCGCAUUGCUGCAGAUCAGUUUGUUGACCGCGGACAUUUUGAUGCUGAGAACAUCAAGGCUAAGCAGCUAGCUCUGCAAGAGCGCUACAAUGCUCUUCAGAAACCAAUGGGUCUCCGCAAGGAACGACUCAAGGACUCUCUCCUUGUACAGCAGCUUUUCAGGGACAUUGAUGAUGAAGAGGCCUGGAUCAGGGAAAAAGAACCCAUUGCCGCUUCCACCAACCGAGGUCGGGAUCUGAUUGGAGUCCAAAAUCUUAUCAAGAAGCAUCAAGCUGUAUUGGCAGAAAUUAACAACCAUGAACACCGCAUCACUGCUGUUACUACCUCUGGGGAAGAGAUGAUUGGAGAUGGACAUUUUGCAGGUGAAGAGAUCAAGCAGAGGGUGAAUACUCUGAGCCAGCACUGGGCACAGUUGAAGGAGCGUGCCAACCAACGUCGUCAGGAUCUCGAGGAUUCCCUUCAGGCACACCAGUACUUUGCUGAUGCUAAUGAAGCUGAAUCUUGGAUGAAGGAGAAGGAACCCAUUGCUGCAGGUGGGGACUUUGGCAAAGAUGAAGACUCAGCUGAGGCUCUGCUGAAGAAGCAUGAGGCUCUCAUGAGUGAUCUGGAGGCCUUCAGCUCAACAAUCACUGCCCUUGAUGAACAGGCUGCAGCUUGUCGCCAGCAGGAGGUCCCAGUUAUGGACAUCACUGGAAAGGAGUGUGUUGUGGCUCUCUAUGACUACACUGAGAAAUCUCCAAGGGAAGUUUCCAUGAAGAAGAAUGAUGUGCUCACUCUUCUCAAUGCAACCAACAAGGAUUGGUGGAAGGUGGAAGUUAAUGACCGCCAAGGCUUUGUGCCAGCUGCAUAUGUCAAGAAGAUUGACUCAGGCCUAACAGCCUCCCAGCAAAACCUGGCUGACAGCAAUUCUAUUGCUGCUCGCCAAAACCAGAUCAAGGCACAAUAUGAGAAUCUGAUGGCCAUGGCUCGUGAACGCCAAAAGAAGCUUAGUGAGACUGUGCAGGCCUAUGUGUUGGUGCGUGAAGCUGCGGAGUUGGCUCAGUGGAUCAAGGACAAGGAGCAGCAUGCCCAGAUUGAGGAUGUUGGUGAAGACCUUGAGCAGGUUGAAGUACUGCAGAAGAAGUUUGAUGACUUCAAAACUGACUUGCAAGCCAAUGAGGUUCGCCUUGCUGAGAUGAAUGAGAUUGCAAUGCAGCUGAUGAGUCUUGGCCAGACAGAAGCUGCUCUUAAGAUCCAGACUCAGAUUGAGGAGCUCAACACUAAAUGGAAUUCACUUCAGCAAAUGGCACAGGAGCGUCAGUUCCAACUUGGAUCAGCUCAUGAAGUGCAGCGAUUCCAUCGUGAUGUAGAUGAAACCAAGGAUUGGAUCCAGGAGAAGGAUGAAGCUUUGAACAAUGAUGACUGUGGCAAAGACUUGCGCUCUGUACAAGCUCUACAGCGCAAACAUGAAGGUCUGGAGCGUGAUCUUGCUGCCCUUGGCGACAAAAUCCGCCAGUUGGAUGAGACUGCCAACCGACUCAUGCAGACCCAUCCUGAUGCUGCUGACACCAUCUAUGGAAAGCAGAGGGAGAUCAAUGAGCUGUGGACUCAGUUAACUGCAAAGGCCAAUGCCCGCAAGGAGAAGCUCUUGGACUCUUAUGACCUGCAGCGCUUCCUCAGUGACUACCGUGAUCUGAGCUCUUGGAUUGCUUCCAUGAUGGGUCUUGUUAGCUCUGAUGAGCUGGCUACAGACGUGACUGGUGCUGAAGCCCUUCUGGAGAGACAUCAGAACUUCCGUGCCGAGUUUGACUCUCGCUAUGGUAUCCCUCAGGAACACCGCACAGAAAUUGAUGCCAGAGCUGGCACCUUCCAGGCUUUCGAGCUCUUUGGUCAUCAGCUCCUGCAGUCGGGCCACUUUGCCUCUGCUGAAGUGCAGGAGAAGCUGGACGCCAUGAACGAAGCUCGGCAGGAACUCGAAAGGGCUUGGAUUGCACGGCGCAUGAAGUUGGACCAAUGCUUGGAAUUGCAGCUGUUCUACCGUGACUGUGAACAGGCAGAAAACUGGAUGUCAUCUAGGGAAGCCUUCCUAUCCUCUGAUGAAGCUGAUGCCAAGUCAGACAAUGUUGAAGCUCUUAUCAAGAAGCACGAGGACUUCGAUAAGGCUAUCAAUGCACAAGAAGAGAAGAUUGCUGCACUCAACCUCUUUGCUGAUCAGUUGGUUGCUGCCUGA